CAUACCUCUGCACCACACGUUUGUCUGGCUUUCCCCACACUUCCGAAGAGAUGAUGGAGAUGAUAGGUUAAGAUGCUGAUCCGCUUCUCUUCCCAGUGGCAUAGUGACUCUCUGCCGUGUUUGUACUUCGGCUAUAUCGCCGUUAAUGGCUAUCGUGUGGCUUAGCUUACCAACUUGAGAUUAACUUACUCCCCUAUUUCAACAAUUCGCUGGCAUCACUUGGAAAGAUGUUGGUUCCGGAUCGUCUGUUGGACUGGUGCCGAAGAAGACCCGAGAACCUGAGGCCAGAGUCUCGGGCCUGCGACAGUUAUCUUCGGUGUAGGUAUCACUUAAAUAGUGUUUGAUCACCUACUCUUGGAGUAUUCUUUCGAGCCAUUUGUCUACUGUCCUUUUCAUGCCGAUAGGGCGUGCCGCCAGAACAUGCACCUGAACAAUCUUUACGCCUUCGUUCUGCUACUACUUCCUGCUGCAUCCGCGCGGAAGGCUGUUGUAGAUCUUGGGUACACACAAUAUCAAGGCUAUGAGCUCUCCAACGGCGUUGUACAGUGGCUGGGCAUGCGUUAUGCUGCUCCUCCUGUCGGACAGUUGCGAUUUGCUGCCCCACAGGAUCCCCUGCCAACAAAGGGUGUUCAAGAAGCAAACAAGCACGGCCCCAUUUGUAUCCCAACUGGGGAAUACCCUGUGGGCUCUAGUAAAUCUGAAGAUUGCCUGUUCAUCGAUGUGUAUGCCCCAAGGAAUGCGUCCAAUCUCCCUGUGUUCUUCUGGAUACAAGGUGGUGGGUUCAACUCCAAUUCAAAUGCAAACUACAAUGGAACUGGGUUGAUCGAAGCGUCUGGCUCGGAAAUCAUCGUGGUUACCUUCAACUACCGAGUUGGACCUUAUGGGUUCUUGGCUGCCACGGAGGUCCAGAACGACGGAAGUCUGAAUAACGGUCUCAAAGAUCAGAUCAAGGCUCUCAAAUGGGUCCAGAAACAUAUCAGCAAGUUCGGCGGCAACCCCAAUCAUGUUGUCCUCGGCGGUGAUAGCGCAGGGGCUGCUUCCAUCACACUGCUGCUCUCAGCCUAUGGAGGAAGAAACGAUGGCCUAUUCCACGCUGCAGCUGUAGAGUCACAAAGCUUUGCUGCCAUGCUUACAUUGGCUGAGAGCCAGUUUGCUUAUAACAACCUGGUCAUCCGCACCGGCUGUGCGAGUGAAAACGACACACUCGAGUGUCUGCGCAAUCUUGAUACAGCAAGCCUUCAGCGCCAGAAUUUCAACACGCCACUCCCUGGAGCGCAAGGGGCACCGCUGUACAUGUACGGACCGAUUGUCGACGAAGACCUCGUACCCGACUAUACGUAUCGUCUUUUUCAUCAGGGCAAGUUUAUCAAGGUGCCAGUCAUCUUUGGCGACGACACGAACGAAGGCACCGUUUUCGUCCCGAAAGAUGUUGCCAGCGUCUCGGAAGCCGACAAGUUCCUUCAAAACCAAUUUCCAAAAAUCCAGCUUCAUCACCUAGCCAAGAUUAAUGAACUGUAUCUGCAGGAAAACCAGACUCAGUCUUUCCCAAACGCUAGUGUUUGGUGGAGACCUGCAAGCAACGCUUACGGAGAGAUGCGCUACAUCUGUCCUGGCAUCGACAUGUCGACCGUCUACGAAGAUGCUGGGGUCAAGAGUUGGAACUAUCACUACGCCGUGGAAGAUGAAGCCGCUCAAGCUUCAGGUACUGGUGUGUCCCAUACAGUCGAGGUCCACGCCAUUUGGGGGCCCGAGCACACGAACGGGGGCGCCCCUCCUUCUUACACCACUACAAACGCUCCGGUCGUCCCGGUCAUGCAGGGUUACUGGACAAGCUUCAUUAAGACAUUCAAUCCGAAUACUCAUCGCCAUCCUGGCAGUCCCGAAUGGAAGACUUGGGGUGAUGCGGGAGGGUACAGCCGUAUUUUCAUCAAGACGAACCAAACGAAAAUGGAAAGGGUCCCGGCUGACCAAAGGCAGAGGUGUGGAUAUCUGACCAGCAUUGGGACGGCGCUGGGCCAGUAGACCUAGACGGCGUACACUAAUUCUGGACGUCUGUUUUACGGUAGGACAAUAGGGAAAAAGGAGAAAAUUCUUUUGUUGUCAUUUGACAAGUGUAUAUACAAUAAAGC